UGACUUCCGAACUGCCAUCUGCCUGGACCCCAGCAUCUGUCGUCCGAGUAUAAGUAUCUCGUGUUCCCCCCUCUGUCCUCUGUUUUGGCAUGCUCAGCAGUCCUCUUCCUCUUCACCUCUUCCAUUUACAUUCACUUCUCCUGUCCUCGAACAUCUUGGUCUGUCUCAACAAGAUAGCCUCUCAUCGUACCAUCCUACUUCCUUAUACUUCUUCCUUCCAGUCCAUCAUCGUGACACCUUCUCGUGUUGUUGCUGCCUCCAAGAGCUAUCCCACCCAGACCUCUUCAUCAUGAUGGACCUCGCCGCUCCAGCCUUCGACACAGACGUUGGCCAUAAGGUUGAAUACAAGAUUCGUGACCUUGGAACACGCUCUGUUACCCUCUUCCCCACCCAAGCACAGGUCAAGAGAGAAAUCAAGGAUGUGCCUCUCAAGCCUGGAGUCAACGAAAUAUCCAUUGUCGGGUUGAGCCCAACCAUUGACAAGAAUUCGGUCACCGUUGAAGGCAGUGGUGCCGCUACAAUCACGGGCAUCAGUGUUGAAUUUCUCCCCAACCGCGAACUUUUUGAUGAAGUCUAUCCAGAUUCCGAUAAUAAUGACGAUUCAGACAGUGACGAUGAAGAAGAUGGAGAAGGCGAACCCCCAGAAGUGCCGCAACAUGGGGAGUUGCUGGAAACCAAGAUGAAACUCAUCGAGCUCAAAGACGAGCAGCAGCGAGCCAGAGAAAUCAUUGGCAAUGCUGAUGAGCGUAUCAAGGUCCUUGACAUAUACUCCAAGUCUCUUGAUAAGAGAGAGGGUGUAAACAUUAGUGAGAUGCUUGACACAUAUAAGCAAGAACACCAAAAGGCUUUUGAAGAACGUCUAGUCGGCGUGCAGAGGGAGCGAGAACUCACGGAGGCCAUUAACAAGGUUACCAAGGAGCAGAUGCGCUUGAACAAGCUUGGAAACAAGUUUCAGAAGAAGGAGGCCAAGAACAAGGCCAGAAUCCAGAAAGCCGUCCAGAAAAAGCAGGAACAGCGCCAGAAGCGUCAAGAGGAGAAGCGCAAGGAGAAGGAGCGUAUUCGCAACGAGCGCUCACGUUGCUGGCCGCUGUUCUGCUAUACCAUACACAUACAACUUGAGGUGAGCUCAUCCUACACGCCGGCUUCGUCUCGCCGGGAAUCUGUAUCCAGCGAGGUUGAACUUGUUCAGCGGCCCAGGAGCAAGACUGCAGACCUAGAAGAGACAUCCUCCUGCAACCUUGUGUUGUCAUAUGUCACCAACUCGGCAUUCUGGACUCCCAGUUAUGACAUCCAGCUGUCAACUGUUGACUCCACGGGUACGCUUUGCUUCGAUGCCGGUCUGCAUAACACAACAUCUGAGAUAUGGGAAAACUGUAAGAUCACACUGUCCACUUCUCAGGCCACAUCUUCGAGCCUUGACGAGUCAAUUCCCAGUCUCACACCCUGGCGUAUCAAGCUGGGCAACAAGAAGUCCUCAUCUGCCGAGAGUGGUGCUUUUGAAAGUGUGGUGGAACUUCAGCAACAGGCCACAUGGCGUAACAAGAAACAAGCACCACAGCAGCCUCCUAACUUCAGGCGCGAAAUGUUUGGUCUUCCAGGCCACGCUCUGAAUGACUAUCAGAUGCAGUUGAUGAUGUUGGAACAGCAGAACAAGAAGAGGCUGAUGAUGGCUAGACAGGAGCAGGAUUCCACGGGCCCGCCUGCUCCUCCUCCCCCUGCUGCUGCGAUGAUGGCGCAACAAGCGCGAGCGCAAGCUCAGGGGUCGCAGAUGCGACCGCCCAUGUCACACAACAUGAUGGUGCAGAGUCAGAUGGUGCAGAAUCAGAUGGCACAGCCCCAACAGAUGCAGCAACAGAUGCAGCAACAGAUGCAGCAACAGAUGCAGCAACAGAUGCAGCAACAGAUGCAGCAACAGCAGCAGCAAUUCCCAGGAAUGGCGCAGAUGGACUUCUCCUCUAACGACGACUUCGAUGCCUUGCUAGAUGAAGAUACAACUAUGACGGAUGCUCAGCCAUCCCUCGAAUUCCAAAAUUCCCUUGUUGAAGAGACCGGCUUCACCACAACCUUCGAUCUUCCCGGCCUCAAGACUCUCGUGCCCAAGUUCACCGUUUCGAAGCAACGUGUUGCUCGCCUGCAGUUUACGAAUGUUCUGUUCAGCCAUACUAUCGUGGCCAAAUAUCAGCCAGCGGCUUAUCUCAAGGCCAAACUCAAGAACAAUAGUAAACUUACUUUAUUGCGUGGGCCUGCGAGCUUGACGCUCGACGGCAGCUUCAUGGGGCAGACCAAAAUUCCUCGAUGUAGCUCCGGUGAGGUCUUCACUCUUAGUCUGGGUGUGGACUCGGCGAUCAGAGUUAUGUACCCCAAGCCUGAUGUUCGAAGAAGCACGAGCGGAGUGUUCAGCAAGGAAGACAGCUCUGUCUAUGUUCGUGCUGUCACAGUCCACAAUACCCGCGUAACUGCCAAAAAGCCCAUCAGCCUUCUGGUGCUGGAUCAAAUCCCUGUUUCAGAGGAUGAUCGCCUCCGAGUUGAGUUACUCAGCCCUCGAGGUUUGACUGUCGAAGGACCGCGCCAAGCGACUGGUGCUCCUGGACGUGAGACUGCAGAGGAUAAAGACUGGGGCAAAGCUAUGGCAUCUCUUAAGAAGAGCGGACAGGUUUCGUGGGAGGUCUCGCUGAAUGCGGGCAAGGCCGUAAAGUUGGGACUCGAGUAUUCGGUUUCAAUGCCAAGUGGCGAUGUUGCUAAAGAAUGUUGAUUUGCCUCGACAUAUGUGGAAGUUGACAAUUGAUGGAUCUGUGAUAGUGGGAUAACUCUGAGCCUCUAACCAACCAUCAAGGAUACAUUAUAGCACCACGUUUACUUUGAUUAUUCUCAAAUUUUACUCUCAGGUUUUACAAUGAUUCCUAUAAUAUUUCAUAGCACUCAAUCUUUCCAGUCUUUCCAGUCUUUCCAGUCUUUUCACUUUGAAAACCUCGCUUUCUGUCAAGUUAUGGUGAUUGCUUAGAUGUUCCAACUUCAUGUCAAUUGGAAGAUAUCAGUUGUCGAUACCAUACAUAAUUUAAGACACAGCUUUACAUAGCACAGCAAUCCCUUCGUCUUUUCAAUACCCUCUGGUCCUCUCCUUAU